AUGCAGCAACAUAAACAGCUAGAUGCUGAUGAAAUAAAUAAAAAAUUUUCUGAACGUUCAUGGAGCAAAUUUAAGAAAAGUCCGGAUUUAAAAGAAGAAAUCCCUAAACCUGAGAGCUCCGUCGAGGUCGAGGAUAGUAUUCGCGUCGUGAUUGGAUUUGACUUUGGUACGACCUACUCUGGAUUCACGUAUUGUCAUGUUUCAGAAGAGAAAAAUCUAUGUUCAAACGAUUUAUGGCAUGGAGAAGUGGGUCAAUUAAAAACCAACACAGUUCUUCAAUAUGACGAUGAAUAUAACAAUGUAAGGUCAUGGGGUGCUCCGGCUUUAGUUAAGAAGCCAAAUCGUCGAGAUAGAAAUCGAAAUAAUGAAAAUAAACCGGUCGAAUUGUUCAAGUUGCAUUUGGAAAAUAUACUGGAUAAUUUUAAACCGAAACUUUCAGUUGAUUAUAAAAAGGCGAUUACUGAUUAUAUCAGAGAAAUCGGAAAGGUAAUUAAAGAGACAAUAUCAAUUCGUUGGCCAAAAAUCGAUUUCUUUGAACAUGUUCUUUUGGUUCUUACCGUUCCUGCAGAAUUUUCCGAAAAGACAAGGGCAAUUAUGAGAAUGUGUGCAUAUGAUGCUGGGUUAACUAAAGACGAAUGUUCGAAGAACCUGCAAUUCACUACGGAACCCGAGGCUGCAGCUGUAUAUUGCAUGAAAAAUAUUCUUCAAGAACAGGGUCUUACACAACCAGGAACCAAUUUCAUGAUUGUCGACUGUGGCGGUGGCACGGUAGAUUUGACGACUCGUAAAUUCAUAAAUGAAGAAGAAUUGGGUGAAAUAACUGAGAGAGCCGGUGACUUUUGUGGAAGUACUUUUAUAGAUACCGAAUUUAUUAAAUAUUUACGAAAAAAGCUCGGAGACAAGCCUAUGGAUUCACUUAAAGAGAAAAAUUAUGGACAAAUGCAAUAUCUGAUUCAACAUUUUUGUAAAUCUGGCAAAAUUCCUUUUACGGGAGAUGAUCCAAAUUUCCUGUACGAGUUGGAUAUUCAGGAUACUGUCCCUGUAUUAAAACAAUAUAUCACUGAUGAGAAUAUCAUAAAAGCUUUAGACGACUGGGUAGUCGAAAUUGAUUUUGAAACCAUGAAAUUGAUAUUCGAACCUAUCAUCCAAAAAAUCCUUCUUAUGAUAAAAGCUCAACUUGAUAACGCUCAGGAAACUUGCUCCGCAAUGUUCUUAGUUGGAGGUUUUAGUGAAUCAAGAUAUUUACAAAACAGAAUUAAGCAAGAAUUUCUUCAUCGAGUAAAUAAUAUUUCGGUCCCUAUUCAACCUAUGGCAGCAAUUGCACGUGGAGCAGUAAUUUAUGGAUUGUCUAUAAAAUCAAAUAAUCUGAAUAAUAUAGGGGAUGAUGAUAAUUUGAAAUGUAUCAUUUCUUCAAGAGUCCUUAAAUAUACUUAUGGAAUCAAAACAAGAUAUAAAUGGGUAAAUGGAGAUCCAGUAAGCAGAAGGACCCAUGAUGGAUAUAUCUCCAAGUUCAGCCUUUUGGCUCGACGUGGUACUAAAAUGAAUGUUAAUCAAGAGAUUACGAGCUCUCGAAAACCUAUUUCUCCUAAUCAAACUAAAUUAUCACAUCGCAUAUAUUAUACUCAAGAAUAUGAUGGAAUAUUCUGUGAUGAUCCCGGCAUGAAAUUUUUAGGAAAACUUCGCGUAGAUCUCCCUGGCUCAGGUCUCAAUAGACCUGUAUUAUUUGGAUUGACUUUUGGACAAAUGGAAUUUGUUGCAACUUCAAAGAACAAACUGACUGGAUAA